UGGAUUUGCCACCCCAACCAUUAGAUUUCACACUCCAUAUUUUCGGAUUUUCAAGUUCCGAUUCGUGAUUUGUAGUGCAAAAUACAUGUAACACCCCACUUGAGUGAAAAAAUGCUUCGAAAACCUUAUUUCCGAAAUAUUUCGGAAACUAAGUUUUCGUAAGUGGGGUGACAUUUAUAAUGAAUGGGGUGCCAAAUCUAAUGAUACAGAAGAAACAAUAGUUUGGUUCGUAGCUUCACACCCUUCCUGCUGGAGCUCACUGCUGCUAUAUGUAGAUUUUCAUUGUCGCUCGCUCUCAAAAUGCGUCACGCUACAACGUUAACCGUUUUAUUUCUUGGUGUUCUUUUGCAGACACCAUGGAUCGCUUCAAUUUCGAUGCCAACCUCCAAUUGCUACGCUUUCGAUAACUCAAGUCGCAUUGUUGAUUUCAGUAGCUGGAUUGGUUACCUUUGGGAGUAUGAUGAUGUCAAGGAAGGUUCUGACUUGGUGAUACGAUUUUGCAAAGAUGUGGAGCGUAGAUCACAAACGGGAUAUGUUGAUUUCGGCCGUUUUGAUAGAUUCAACUACUUUGUUGCUGGUUCUGGUCAGUCUGACUUUGUACAAGAGUUUUAUAAUGGUGACCUGAUGGGUUGUGAGCAAACUUUUGACAAAAUGGGACGAACAGCACAGGUAAAUAUUAUAUGUGGGAGUUGUUUGAAUGGACAAUGUAAAGGGCGUCCUGGAUGCAUAUGUAAUGUGACAUAUGAAUCAAAAUGCAGGGUUUUAGUUGAACUUGCAAUUCCAUGUGAGAAACCGGGCCCACUAGUAUUUCAAGGUUUCACUGUUGGUUUUCAUCCACGAUCAUGGGAACUUGUGAAUAAUGGCAUGACUCAAUUUGGUUUUGAGAAAACCCACCAUGAAUUUAGCUUUCAGACAGGACAAACUCAUGCAGUCCUGUUUAUGACUGCAGUUGCUUCACUUUCAUCCUUGGUUCAAAAGCCUAUUCUUGAGGUUAUUCCACCUAAGGGCUUAGAAGUUCGAUUAUCUGGAUCGGCUGCCAGUGGGAAGCCUCCUACGACUUUGUCACCAACAAUGUUGAUUAUUGAUUGGAGAUGUGAGGUGGCCCGUGAUACCCCAUAUGAAGUUAAUAUCACAAUCCCAGUUGAAGGUUAUGAACCGAUUCAAUUUGUACUUACUAAAAUGUGUGACUAUAAACAGAAUCCAGGAGGUGGUACCACAAGAGGAUGGGCAAUAUUUGGAGUGCUAUCUUGCAUAUUCUUAGUCUCAUCAACAAUUUUUUGUUGUGGAGGAUUCAUUUACAAGACAAAGGUGGAACGCCAGCGUGGAAUUGAUGCAUUGCCUGGCAUGACAAUCUUAUCUGCCUGCUUAGAGACAAUCGGUGGAGCUGCACAAGGGCAAGGGUACUCGCGGCCAGAACCCUUUGGCAGCGAAACCUCUUGGGAGCGCCCUCCUGCUGCAGGUCCUUCUCAAUCUCAAGGCGCAUGGAAACCAGCAGAAAGAAAAUAUGGCUCCAUUUGAUUCUGUACUGCCACUCCGUUUUUUGCUUUGUACAACCAUUUUAUCUAAUUAUUUGGUAUCUAUUCUGCCAAAUAUGUUAUUUGAUUGAUUGAUAUCAGGGGAUUUUGAAGCCUCAUUCUGAUGUAUUUUUUGUCAACCAAAUUCAUGGCUACAAAGUAGAGAAAGACGUAGUCUAAUGCACAUGUUUUUAAGCCAUGUACAUCAAACUAGUCUUUCAAGUUUUGUACAAGAGAUCUUAUUUGACUGAAAAGUAUACAUUUUAAAUA